AUGGCUCUCUCUUCUACCAUCCCAAAGCUUACUAGUACACAACCUAACUCUGAGAAACGCUUAGGGGACAUCCCAACACAUGUGCUCAAGCGCCUCACUUCAAAGUCUAGAGCAUGCGUCGAGCGUCUGAGGACAUGUCAAUUGGAUAGACCUGACCUCUCUCGACAACCAACCUCCAAACUCGCAGCUGUGCUUGUUUUACUGUACGAGCAAGCUGGAGAGCUUAGAGUCUUAUUGACGACCCGGUCCAAGUCACUGCGUGCACAUCCAGGACAGACAGCAUUACCUGGCGGCAAAGCAGAUGAGGGAGAUGAGAGUUUGGUCUGGACUGCUCUUCGCGAAGCAAAUGAAGAAGUUGGUCUUCCUCUUCCGCCCACAUCGUCAAAUAUACAUUUUAUAACAACACUCCCGCCCUUUCUCUCUGCAUCUCAGUUGUUGGUAACGCCCGUCGUCGUGCUUUUAUCUUCGUCGCUUCCACUCGUCACUUCGUCCCCGUCAUUCUCGACUUUGGACAGCUCCUCGAAUGCAAGCUCCAACACACCACCCAAGUCUUCUUCUCACCCAAUCCUCACUUCCCUCACUCCCUCUCUCACAGAAGUCGACAGGAUAUUCGAUCAUCCACUCGAAGCGAUGCUGGACCCUCGUCUCUCGUUGAACAAAGGGGAGUCGCUCGUGGAUGUGGGAGAGGACUGGCCAUAUAGUGCUGGGGAUGUGUAUAACCCGUCCGACGUCCGCCUCGACGCAUUCGACGGACUCAUAUAUAGGAUGCACCGGUUCAGAACAUGUGCAUCUCCUAUCAAGGGGCUUACAGCUGAUAUUUUAAUCACCGUCGCUGAACUCGCAUACGGGCGCAAACCCGUCUACGGACGAUACCCAUCUGAUUCAAGUUCAGGGUCAUCAUCCGAAGACACGAACUUGGAAGGGGAGACAUAUCAGGCACUUGUGAGGAGGCGUAUGGAAGAGAACGAGAGGGCUUUUGCAGUUGUUGUGGAGGAAGGCGGGCAGACGUGA